AUGCUCAGCUUCAUUCGUUUGGGUAAACUUGUGAAGCCAAACAUCGAGAUCUACCAACGCGACCGCACACGACCCGCCAUACCGCUGCCUACACACAUACACGACUUUCUGGCCGCGUCUCUUCGGAAAAGCUAUACUGAGAUAUCCUGGUACUGGUAUGCCUUCAUGGAUGCAAUCUGGAGCGAGGACGAGGUGCAGGCAACCGAGGGGGAAGUAGCUGCUUUCCAUGAACAUGGUCUUUCCCGCGCAAUUGUGGAGAAGGACAUCAUGACCCUCACGGAGCCAAUAACCUACCGCGCCACCUUAUUCACCUUGCGGGAGGGCGCACUGCCCGUCUUCACCACCUCCCUCUACUGCCAUGUGUGCCACCGACGCUAUCACCACAACUACACAGUAGACAAGGCAAGCUCGCUGCGAACCUACUACGGCGGCCCUCCCCCUAGCGUCAUCCAAGUUGCAACACACUUUUUCGUGGAGGCUGCGGUACUAGAGCUGUUUGGGAAUGGCAUGAUGUUUGGCUGGUUAUCUGCAAGUAAUUGUGCACGCAUUUACAACUCCUCACUCGCUCGGUGCAACGCAUCUGCUCAGAACAAUCCCCAAGCGUAUGGAAGAGCUACUGGAAGUCGCUUGAGCAAGGCCGACUGGCCAUAUGCACUGGAAAUGCACGGUGAUCUAGCUAUGAACGGUUUCCUCCUCUAUUCGCUCCUUCUGGAUAAGGCCGAACAUGGAACUUGUCUCGAGCUACCCCACGACUGCCCAACACAGAGAGACCGCCUGGCUGUGGUGCUCGCUGAGCGAAAUAAAGUGAUGGAGGGAAUCGGGCAGGAGGAAUGGACCCAUGCUUGCGACUUAUGCUUCAAAGUCAAGGAAGCCCCAGACGGGUCCUUUGUGAAGAUUCAGUACGCGGUCGGAGACGGCCUUUCUAUGGGACGUCCCUGCUGCGCCAUUCACGAUUGCAAGAUCAAUCUCACCUCUAAGCGUGACAUCUACUGCCCCGCUCAUGCCCCCCUCUUUGCGCACCAAUGUGCCGUUCUCUCCUGUGAACGGCCCGCAAGCUCUGGGUUUCAAACAUGCGAUUCAUCCGAGCACCGCGCUCUCGAGAACGCUUAUCGCAAGGACAACUCUCGCGCAAUCCACCAACUACGGGCUCGCCUUCGUGCAAGUGGCGUCAGUGUGCCAUCCGACGCCGUCUUCCCUGACACUGCCGCACAUACUGCAGAGCCUGCAUGCAGCGGCAAAGCGGAGGGAGGGACGCUCGCUCUCAAGGCUCGAUUCGGACGAAAACGCACACACAACGAGCAGCUCGUCGAACGUCCUUGCGGUAUAAUCCUUUCGCGAGCGACAUUCUUUGGCUCUGAAGCGGUCAAUGCGGUCAAGGACCAUCUGAAAGCGGUGUUCCCCACACCGCAAUCCACUCCCGAGAUCUUCAUUUACGACAACAACUGCAAAUUGCGCCAGCACUUGAACGCAUCGGGGGACUCGUAUUUUUCCAACACUGGCCUUCCUGUCGACGUAUUCCAUUUCAAGACGAAGCAUCGAGAGUCAGACACCGAAUGUCAACAGUACUGCAACCCUGCCGCUUUUCCAGACCUCGUCGACGGUGACAAGUGGCAGGUCAAUUCGUCUAUCUGCGAGGAGACGAAUGCAUGGUUUGGUGGGUAUCUGUCGAUUGUCCGGGAGAUGGAAGCUACUCGGUAUACCUUUUUUCUCGAUGAGAUGAUCAAGCGUCGCAAUCGGUUCAUAGUGGGGCAACUAGAGAGACGAGGACAUAACCCUUGGAGAAUACCUAUUGAAGUCCUGUUGUCGGGUUAUAGCGCUCGCUGA